CGUAAAAGAGAGAGCACCGUUAUAUGAUUUUCGCAUACCUGUGAAAGAACGAAAAAGGAAACAAAAGGACUGCCUAUGGCAAGAAGUCAGCAAAUGUUUGAAAGGUUUAUAUACCGCUACUGAAGCAGAAAAACGAUGGACCUAUCUUAAAGAUUGUUAUAGAAAGGCAAGAAAUAUGUAUAAAAAAAAGCAAAACAUUGUGCAAAAAAGUGGUGCAGCUGCUUUACCAAAAAACUACGAAAUAAAACCAUCCUUUCGUCAUUAUGAUGUAAUGUCUUUCUUAAGUGAUACAUUGGAAUAUCGACAAACCGUAACUUCUUUACAAAAAUUAAUGCAUGACGAGCAACAAGCGUCCUGUUCAAAGAGCAACAGCAUUCCUUCCACAUCAACAAGUGACAACCUCAACGUAGAUGAUGAUCUUAUUCCUAUCAUCAAUGAUAAUCCUACGUCACUGUCUCCAGUCUCUUCGGCGUCAUCAAAAUCAAAAGAGAGAAAGCGAAUUGAUUUAGAGGAUUAUAAAGAAGCUUUUAUUACAAAUUUAACACAGAAAACAGAAUCAAAUCCUAUACAUGGAUUUGUGUCACGUUUGGCAGAAGGUUUACAUAGACUAACUUAUAAAUCACGUUGUAAGUUAGAAAUAGAAUUUUUAACAAGAUUAUAUGAAGUUGAAGAAGAAGAUGAAAAGUACAAGCAUACCUAA